AUGCAAAAAUAUGAAUAUGAAAGAAAAAAUACGAACGAAAAAAGUCAAAUUCCAAAAGAACAAACAUCAAAUUCAGAUGUUGUACCUUCUACGCAAAAUACAUCUACAUCAUCAUCGUCGUCAAUUGUAACAACAACAAAAAAUAAAAAACAUAAAAAGAAACAUUUAUCAGAUGAUCAACGUAUGUUGACCGAUAUGCCUGAUGAACGUUUGGCAGCUUAUGGUUUAAAUCCGAAAAAUUUUAGAAAUUUUGUUGUUUUUAACAAAGAUAAAAAAACUAAAUAA